UACUAAUGCACCAGGGUGGAUGAUCUAGGGAGCCGGUGCGACGACUCGGAAGGUCUAGGGUUUCGGCUGUCUCCUUGACAUCGGCGGCAACGAUGGAUGCAGACGCGGUGGCCCGAGCCUUCGUGGAGCACUACUAUCGCACCUUCGACACGAACCGCGCUGGUCUUGCGGGUCUUUAUCAGGACAACUCGAUGCUUUCGUUUGAGGGUGCGAAAACGCAGGGCGCAGCUGCCAUCACCGCCAAGCUCACCGGACUCCCUUUCCAGCAGUGCCAGCAUAACAUUUCCACCAUCGAUUGCCAGCCGUCCGGCCCUGCAGGUGGCGUGCUCGUCUUCGUUAGCGGUUCUCUGCAGCUGCUCGGCGAGCAGCACGCGCUUAAGUUCAGCCAGAUGUUCCAUUUGAUCCCAACACCGCAGGGUAGCUUCUAUGUGCUGAAUGAUAUUUUCAGGCUUAACUAUGCAUGAGAUCCCCACAGAAGCUCAAAUUUGGUUUUUUUUUUUUUCCCUGUUUGGAGUACUUGAAAGAAACUAAAUUCUCUCAUGCUUCCAUGUUUUCAUCAAUCAUGAUGAGUUUUUAUUUAUUUUGCACUUCUGGUGGUGUGCUUAGCAUUUCUCUAUAUUGUAUGAUUAAACUUAUAAGAUCUUUAUCGGUCUUUUGCGUUGCUUUGA